CUGAAGAAGUGUCCCCAGAAGUCGGCCGAGCCCCCCCAACGGUGUCAUGUCUGCCCUGAGCAUCACGGUGGCCCUGCUGGUGUGGGCGGCCUGCCUGCUGGUCAUCUCCUUCUGGAAGCAGGUCUACAGCAGCUGGAGACUACCCCCCGGGCCCUUCCCACUGCCCAUCAUCGGGAAUGUGUUCCAGAUUGACUUCAAUAAUAUUCCCAAAUCCUUAUUCAAAUUGGCAGAGCAGUACGGGCCGGUGUUCACCAUAUACCUGGGCCCCUAUCGCGUUGUGGUCCUGCACGGCUACCAGGCUGUGAAGGAGGUGCUGCUGCAGCACAAGGACUUCAACGGCCGAGCAGAAUUAGCCGCGGUCCAUCUGCACAAGGACAAAGAUUUAUAAUGUUUUUUCAACCUAUCUAUACUACCUGCCUGGAACCCAUAGAAAAGUAAUGAAAAAUGUGUCUGAAAUAAAAAACGAUAUUUUAGAAAGAGUAAAGGAGCACCACAAGUCACUGGACCCCAACUGCCCCCGAGACUUCAUCGACUGCCUGCUCAUAGAGAUGGAGAAGGAAAAACAAGGUGCAGAGCCUGUGUACACCUUGGACAACAUUGCAGUGACCGUAGCCGACCUGUUGUUUGCGGGGACAGAGACCACCAGCACCACUCUGAGAUACGGGCUUCUGAUUCUCAUGAAGUACCCAGACAUCGAAGAGAAACUUCACGAGGAAAUUGAUAGGGUGAUUGGGCCAAGCCGUAUCCCUGCCAUCAAGGACAGGCUGGAGAUGCCCUACAUGGAUGCUGUGGUACAUGAGAUCAUGCGGUUCAUCAACCUCGUGCCUUCCAACCUGUACCACAAAGCCACCCGGGACACAGUGUUCAGAGGAUACGUCAUCCCCAAGGGCACAAUCGUAAUUCCAACACUGGACUCCCUCUUGUACGACAAACAAGAAUUCCCUGAUCCAGAGCAAUUUAAGCCAGAGCACUUUCUGAAUGAAAAUGGAAAGUUCAAGUACAGUGACCAUUUCAAGGCAUUUUCUGCAGGAAAGCGGGUGUGUGUUGGAGAAGGCCUGGCUCGCAUGGAGGUGUUUCUGUUCUUGACCGCCAUUUUGCAGCACUUCCGCCUGAAGCCGCUUGUUGACCGCAAGGAUAUUGACCUCAGCCCCAUCGUGAAUGGGUUUGCCAGCGUCCCACACCCAUAUAAACUCUGUGUCCUUCCCCGUUCGUGUGAGGCCCGUUCACUCUGAAGAUGGUAAAAUGGGCAUGCUAGAAGCCGCUUUCUUUGUGCAGAGCAUGAGGCUGAGCAGGCUAUUUAUGCAAAGCACGGCACACUGAAAUCUCUGUGCAUGUCCUUAAUAAAACGAAUCAUGUUUCAAAACCA